AUGUGUCACCUGUGGGCCAAGAGGACUAUGGCCUGCGGGCACGUACAAGAAGGUCGGAAGUUUCAAGCCUGCGAAACAUUCAAUGCUGUAGCUAUCUGCUAUGAGAUUUACGUCCACGGCGCCAACGAAGCUGGCCCCUACUGUCUCGGCGAUCCUGAUUGCCUUGACUGCAAUCUCUACGUUACCAGCCUCGAUGCCAUGGACGAUCUAUACCAUCAAGCCGUUGCUACUGUUACGGAUGAUCAACAUCACGCCGGUAUUGAGAACGCACGAGUAUACAUCCUAUCACUCGACUAUCUAGAUUGGACAGACACCUUUCUCGUUCAUCAGAAUCUCAUGAAGCAGUAUAUCGACGAUGGAAGUGUCAUGGACGUGGAGGCCGCCAUCAGACAGUUAGGUUACUCCGAGCCAUCAAUGCCCAAUCCUUUUCAGCACGGAGACAGAGUGAUAAUGACGCAGGAGGAGAAGGAGAGAUUGGAGGUUGGAGAGAACUGGGACGAACUUUCAAUUUCAUCCUCUGAUUCGGACAUGGACGAGAAUUCCCAAGACAACAACAAGCUUCCCUCCGAUUCAGCCAAGGAUAAUGAAAAGGACGCGGCAGACGGCUGUGAAUCUCCUGACGAUUACGGGUUUUGGGAGGAAAUGGAGAUUGCCAAUGACACCGAAUCUGUUCUCGAUCGUCUCGAAGAGGAGAUGGAUCUGUGGUGA